ACUCGUGUAACUACCGUCGCACAUUAGACGGGGCCAGGUUGACUAUGCUAACUCUCAGAGCAACCAAGGUCGAUAUGCUUUCGACUUUUAAACCGAUGAUUGCAGUCUUUGCCGUUGAAAGGCCAUGAAGGUGGCCCUGGUCUGUUUUAAACUCAGUACUCGCUGCUAAAUUCGGUGGUGGUGACAGCCGUUAUGCAGCGUUAUUUCCGAGAAACACGUACCUCUUCGCUUGCUGGCAAAAUGACACGCAGACGUUGGUCGUACCGCAGGCCCCGGCGGGCUUUGGACCCGGUACAUCCGCCCGAGGCAGGAGCUGCGGAUGGCGGAUGGGCAUGGAUGGUGUGUUUGGGCGCCAGCCUCGGCCACAUGUUAACCCCCGGUUACCUGGCCUCCCAGGGCGUCUUGUACAUCGAGUGGAAGGAACACUUCGAUACCUCGGCAACAACUAGCAGCUGGAUCCUCACAUUACCCUGGUUGGCUUCUUCUCUCUUUAGUCUUAUCAUGGGUCCUGUGGCCCAGCGUUUCGGCAUUCGUAGAUUGUCCAUUGUCGGGGGAGCAGUGGCCGGAGUUUCAACUAUUCUGGGCUCGUUCGCCACAGAGAUUUGGCAGCUUUACCUUUGUGGUAUAUCAUCAGGUAUAGCCAUGUCGAUGAUAUUACCCUCCGGCAAUAUAAUGAUUGCGAAGUACUUCAAGAAACGCUACGCUUUGGCCAACGGUUUAAAUUUACUGGGUGUCAACGUGGGCCAGAUGGUUUUCCCUCCGUUGAUUCGCUUGCUGAUCGCUAAUUACGGAUGGAAAGGUGCCAUGUUUAUCCUGGGAGCCUUUCAAAUGAACUUAAUCGCAGCCAGUGCGCUCUUCCGACCCUUAAAGGCACGACCAGCCAAUGACUUACGACGACAAACCAGCCUUGAGAUGGAGGCUAUGCGGAAUGGAGGAAGUACAGGAUCAGAAGGCCAGGAUGGUGCCGAGGAGAAUUUCUUAUUUCUCAAAGUCUUAACUCGUGCCCCGUUUACACUGAGUCUAGUAGUGAUCUCCUUAUAUGCCAUGGCGUGGAUGAUUUAUCUCUCCCAUCUCCCAUCGCGAGCCAAGGAAGCCGGCUGGUCCGAAGACCAAGGCGCCAUGCUGUUGACGAUCUUCGCUAUCAUUGCCAUUGUGACGAGGACGACACACGGCUGGUUCGUAGACAGAGGGUACAUCGGCAGCUUUCCGCUCGAAUUCGGCGCCCUUUCAGGCGCUGCUUUGGCGAGUUUCCUGAAUCCGGUAUCAGACAGUUACGGUUUCCUGGUCGGCUGUUCGGUCCUGCUGGGCGCCAGUUUGGGUGUUGGGUCCCCUCUCAUCAUCGUCAUCAUAAAGGGGCUGGUCUCUGAUGCCGAGAUCCCGGCAUCUAUGAGCUGGAUCGUGGCAGCGUUCGCCUGCUCUCAAGGAACCGGCUCGGUGGUUGCAGGCAAAAUUUAUGACUUAACGGGCAGCUAUGUGGCAACCUACCUGACAGGUGGCGGCUUCUUCGCAGCAUCGUUGUCUCUGCUGGUACUCGUCUUCAUCCUCAAGAGGCGCCAAACGGGCGUGCCAAUUGGUCGAAAAGUUCCAGCUCCACCAGGAGAUCCUGAAGUGCAGGGACAAAUUACACAAAGCUGUAUAUAGAAAGAGUAGCGUCAACUUCAGACUUUGGAACCAAAACCAGUACGACAUGCAACUAUUUUGGGUUAAUUGUCAAUUUGCACUGACGUAUAAUCCACCAUUUUGGUUCCAACAACAGAGACACUCAUGUCGCAACUUUUAUACACGGCUCUGAAAUUACAAGCCCAACUACCCCCUCUAGCUGUGAGAAUGACUGACGUCACUGGACUAAAUGAAUGGCCGUCGCCAUUUUUACACUUUACUACGAUAUAUGAAAAGGGAGAGUCUUUUGCUCACGACGGAUAUUCCUUUCCUGACAGUUUAUCCUGGGAAGGAUCGUUUCCUUCUAGUUUUCUUUCCUAUAUCUCUAUGGGUAAUUUUCCCCUUCUUAUGUUCUGCCCAAUGAGGAAAGGGUUCAUUCAAUUGAACAGCGGACAUGGCAACGACUUUGUACCGACUUAGGAUGUACGGUAUAGCGAACAGUAGCAUAUCCAAGUCCAGCACAUCAAGGCCAGCCCCCCCUAUCGAAGCUGUUUUUUCAAACAGUCCCAAUGAGAGAAAGAGUGAAUUUUGAAUCAUCUCAUUUGCCUUCCUUUCAAAACAUGUAAAAUCCCAAGAAAGUCCAAAGAAAAUUAAACGAAUAAAUCCCCCCCCCAACAUUUGGCCUCCGAAAUUUGGAUCCAUCCUUCGGGGGUUGGGGGUAUAGCUAAUCGGGCUCGAUUUUAAAACGAAAAACAAGGUGAAGGGAGCACAGUAAGAUGAACCAAGUCAGCGCGAAAUCCUGCUAGAGGCAGGAGAUCACUCGAUCGGAGCGACCCCAAGGCUAAAAGUGUAGGUCCGUUUUGGAGGAAACAUAACGCCAAUUGUGACUAAGUGUUAACGAUGUUGAAUACACGAUGGGCCCAAGCCUGCUAAGAAAAACCUUGAUGACCGUGGAAUUGGCGGUACAGGAUAAAUAAUGUAUUCUAAAAUAACAAACAAAUGAAAUGUGAAGUAAUGUGAUUAGGAAGGUUGAUUUAUUACUUGGGACAUGUAUUUUAUUUGGAGUAGCCCUAAAAUUACCCAUUUCUGCAACAGGGUUAAACAUGUCUUUUGCUACCUCACAUGCGCAAAAUAUUUGCCAAUCAUGGUUUAUUUAUAAAGUUCUAUUCAAUAACAUAUUAAAUAGAUAAUCAAUCGACAUUUACUUCCACAAUGCCACAAGUUAAUAAUACAAUACAGCAAAAUGAAUUAAUAAAUGUGAUGUUAUACAAAGAUAGAUACAAAUAGUAAAUGUGUAUUCACCACUAAAUAGAAAUGCCCUGAUUUUAAAACUGAAAAUGCAAAAUGUGCAUCGCGAGGCAGGAGUUGUAGCCAACCAAGACUGGAUUUUCUAUAAACUUUGGCCGUAUAUACAAACUGGCCCAUUCGCCUUUAGAAGCACCUAAAUUAUAGCCAUGUUGAGGAAAGUGUUCUUAUUGUUGGUUGCGAUAUAAUCACAACGCAUGCAUAACAUGAGAAUUGUGCCUUUUCCCUGUCCGACUUGGGGCGGAUAGCUACUGUUGAAAGUGUAGCCGCAACGAAUUUUUUUACACUCCCAUGUGAUUAAAUGCAUUGAAAAGUGCACUCUUCUAAACGUUUAAAAAUAUCCAUGCUUUCCUGGACAACUGAGGACGCUGUUGCUGUGAUGUAAUCUAGGGAAGACAUCGUUCAUUGCAUUGGGUUUUCUGUUAAUACAUGUAUUGUGAACCCAGAAUCUACUCACUGAAAACAUUACUUAUUGCUACGCACAUAACAUCAACGAAUCAUGGACGAAAAGAACAUUUAGUCCAGCAAAAUCUACAAAACUGCAUGACUUUUUAUACAAACCGAUGUAACAUUUAAGUUUUCUUCCUGGGAUGGCAUCACAGUUUUGAUAAUGAAUAUGGAAAUAAUCAUUUGUAUAAAGACCUAAAAGGCAGUAAAAUACCCUUAGAAAUAAUCAACAACAGUUGAAAAUAGGUAUAAUAGAGACAAAAAGGUACAUUUUGAAGGUUCAUAUUAAAACAAAUUGAAUGCAGCUACCCUUUAA